AGACUCACGGUUCGGCGGAAGAGACGGGCAGGCGGGCCUUGCCCCUGAACUGGAGGGUAAUCUCCUUGAUGGAGGUGGGCUCGGUGAGGUGGAGGACGACAUGGCCGCUGAGGAGAGAGGGGUCGACGUCGACGCCGGUGCCGCGGAGGACGAGGGUGUCGGAGGCGACGACGAUGUCGAGGAAGGGGCCGUCCCUGUCCUUCUUGUCGCGGUGCAUGGCGGCGGAGUCGUGCUCGUGGGCGGAGGUGGUGAUGGACUGGAAGGCGGAGUUGAGGGCGGUGAUGAGGGAGUCCUCGUCCGGGUGGGGGUGCAUGUCGGGCGGGGAGACGGGGGCCUUGUGAGGACGAAGGACAUGGCGGGCAGCUAGCUAUGAGGCAGCCGAGAGGGAAAUGGAAGGCUGUUGGGAGGAAGAGAAGACCGAUCGGGGGUCGUGUCGUGACGGGUUCGCGCCUGGUCGCCUGGGACCGGGGGAGUGGAAGCAGCUGGCUGCGAGUGCGCGGGCUCAAGAGCACCAGAGGAGGGAGGACCAGACGGUGGGCCAGGCGCGGAUUGGGUUGGAGAAAUACGCAAAGGGUGCGACGCCGUGCACCGAGGGCCGGAAUCCCGGAUGCGUGUUCAGCCGAAAAACCGCCUCGACCGCCCCAACGACCGCCGUAUUUUAUUUUCGAUUCCUCGCUCCGGCUGCCCGUAUCUCCCUCCACCCACUUCCAUUUCGGGCUCCCCGUCGGACCCCGACCCGGGCGUUCCGUACAUCGAUCCUCCGGCCCACGUGGCUCCGGCCCUGCCGCCCGAUGCCGACAUUCACCGUCGCCUGCGCACCGUCUUCUACUCGCCGGAGCGCACCGUAUAUGCAGUUCUCACGUCUCCGUCUCCCGCAAUCCCCCUCCACCGCUCGCUUUUGUCGCGCUGCCGUCUGCCUUUGACGUCACACGGGCCCGACGCGUACGGUUUGCGUAUACGUACGGUCUCGUACGGUGCAUGUUUCGCGCAGAUCUUCCCAUCAAUCCUCCGUGCGUUCCGCCCGCCGCCUCGUGCUGCUCCCCAUCGCGCUGGCAACAUCCUCGUUCCCGUAAACCAGUGUCAUUCCGAACAUCCCCACCCGGCCUCUAUCAUAUUCCGCCCCUUCAUUUUCCUCAGACGUGUCUUAUCCUCCUGGCCCGCACCUCUUAUCGCCAGCCGCGCCUCCUCUGGGCCCCGACAGGCCCGCUCCGCCCUUGACAGCACGUUCGUCCCCGCUUGGACGCUGCGCCGCCGGAAGACGCGGAUGCCGACUCUUCCUCCUGCCGGACGCUCACUUCCUACGGCCGCACCCGCAGAUCUCAGUACACCUUUACUUCCUGGCGCUUCUAGUGGGACGCCACAAAGUCUUUGACCAUGCAUCUUCACCGCAAUUGGGCUGUCCACCAGCUUCGCAAUUCAGUCCUCCGGC